CCCACCUGUUCCAUCACCACCUCCUCCCUUUCCCCUCACAAGCUGCAGCUGGUGAUAAGGGCCUCUCUCCCUUAUCAUUCUGACUCUCUCAGUUUCUACCACCUCUUUUCUCUGCCCUUUACUCAUGCUCCAGCCUGUUUACUUCUGGAUCCUGGAACCUCUGGCUCACCUUCACUCCCUGCCUUGCCAUGGAUCUGAAGAAGUGUACCCGCUGUGCGGGGCUCUCCCUUAUAUCUCUUUCCCUAGUCUGCAUUUUGGCCAAUGCCCUCCUACUGGUGCCUGAUGGGAAGACCUGGAGAGCUGACCAACUCAGCGUGCAUGUCUUGCUCCUGCCUGGCUUCAUCGGCGGGGGAUUGAUGGUGCUGUGGUCGGGAAUCGUAGCAGCUCUGGCAGCGGUUGCACAUCCAGACUGGAUUCCACAUUCCUUCUUGUGCUCGAUCUUCGGAAUGCUUGGUGCCAUCUACUGCCUCUCCGUGUCAGGAGUCGGCCUCAGAAUUGGACCCAAAUGCUUCAUAAACGGCGAGUGGGACUACCACUUCCAAGAAUCCGAAGGCGCUUACUUGAAGUACAAUGCUUACUGGAAUUUGUGCGAGGAGCCACUCACAGUGGUGCCCUGGAAUGUGACGCUGCUCUCCUUGCUGGUGGUUGCCUCCUGCCUGGAGAUGGUGCUGUGUGGCGUGUACCUGGUGAACGCUAUUAUUUUAUCAUUUGAUUGAAAGUACAUGAAAGCGAAUACAAAAAGAAAAAGAAAAAUGGAGGGAGUGAUGCUUCUAUUCAGUUCCAGAGAGGCACAUCUGGGGAAUGGGGUGGGGGACAUCAGGUCAGCAUGAGGAUAAUCUGGGUUUUACAGAUUUUUAGCUGAGCUAGGUCAUGGGAGGUAUCAGAUCAGGCAAGGGAGGCAGCGACCAAAGGAGGCAGAUUUAAAAGGGCCGCUGAAUGAGGCUUUAUUCAGACAUCACUCCCGGUUGGAACUCGAUCAGACCCACAGAGUGGACAGGGGAAGGGUCUGAGGAGAAACCUCGUGGAAGCUUGACCGGACUGGACUUUUAUGGGGCU